AUGGCGUCUCUUUUAACAGACCCUUUGUUUGAAAUCUCUGGACGGGGUCCUCCACCUAAUAAGAAUUUUUACCAUUUUACUGUCACCAAGUCAGAUGUGAUAUGGAGAUGGUGGAAGAUAUCUCUGAGAACUGUGGACAGGUACUCCAAGCCUGGGGAGCUGAGGGAGUCUCACCAGGACUUCUUGGAUGACACUUGGCUACAGAGUGAGGUCAGUAUGGUUUUUGGCCGUCGAAUCUUGCUGUACACCAAGGCUUUGUGCCAAGGCCAUUAUGAUUAUCUGGAGCACCUGUCUGACUCCUUACUCCUGCGGAUAAUAAAUUAUCUAGAACUAGAGGAUGUGGGCCAGCUUGGACGAACAUCACGUAGGUUCAGGCAGCUAUGUGGGUCAGAGGAGUUUUGGGAGCAGGCAGUGCGGCGGCGCUGCAACACAGUUUCAGUUGAGGUGGCGUCCCUGGCACUUGAGGUGGGCUGGCGCAGCAUCUUCUUCACAAGCAAGCUACAUCUGCAGAAGCUGAUCAGCCGCAGGAGGCUAAAGACAGAGGAGCAACAGGAAGGACAAGUCUCUGACCCAGAUAAAAAGGCAGAGGAAUCUCCUGAUGAAAGCUCAGAGACAAACCAGAUGUCCAUUUCUGAGGAGGAAUCUCACCCUGGCAUUAUCCCUGAUCUGAGCCUUGGCACUGGCAUUGGCUCUGGCUUUGACGCCAGUUCUUGCUGUGAUGUUGAUCCUGACACCAACCAUGAACUAGAGGCUGGCUCUGAUUCCAGUGAGUCUGUGCCUGACCAAUGCUUGGAGGACAUAAAGCACUGUGGGGUGGAAACACUGGCGCAGAGCAGUCCACUGAGGAAUGGUAGAGGAGACUGCAGUACAGAGCCAAACAAAACACAGAGUUAAGCCUUUUAUCAAAUGUUGAGUAAGUCCUGUGUUUUAGGCUUACUGUUAUAUUGAUAUGCCAUUUAUACGCAGUUCUCAUCCUAAAAUGAGUUGUGUAUUGAUUAGUGAAAAAAUGUUGACUUUUAUUUGUCAAAUGUAAUUUUUUUUACAUGUUUGUUGUUUGUUGUCAGCUGUCAAUCCUCUACAGGAUAUUUGAGGACAUUUUCAUACGUCCAUUCUGUCAAUGACUUUUCAGACUUAGCAUACAUUAAUAAGACCAAAAAAAGAU